AUUCGUGGUGGUGUCUUCCCACCAAGGUCGAGCAUUCCUUUGUGGUCUUCCACCCUCCAACAAGAAGUGGAAAGACAAAUAUGUCUGCGUCAAAUUCCCCCCGGGCGCCUUUCCUUUUGCCCAAAACGUCUAGGGGAAAAGAAUGAAGCGCCAGGUCAAACCAGCGGAGGCCGAUGACCUGGUUGCUUGGGAAGCCACUCUCCGGGCCGGGGAUGCCUCCACCCGCGGUCUGUACCAUGUUGGGAAGUGGAGCGUCUACCCCGGCCGGGAAACCGACCCCGAACCGGAGAUUGUUCUGCCCGGGGUGAUCCCCGAAGCCAUCCCCAUCCGUCAGGCGAGGGGAUCCAAAGCCCCGGCCACUACCAAUGCCGGUCCUUCAUGCCCGGCGAAGAAGAAGAAGGAGGAAGGCGGGGGUGGGAGCCGGCCUAAUGAGGAAAGGGACGCCAAGGAGGAGACUUCUAGGGGGUCCCUUCAACGGAAGAAGCGGAAGACUGAGGAAGUCAACCAGCCUUCCCAUCAGGGGGCCCAGUCCUCCGACGCCGGCAAGGGGCCGAUAGUGCCUCGUUCUCUGGCUUUAAUGUCCAGGUCAAACGAGGAGCUCUUCCGAGCAUUCCGUGCUGAUAUGAAUGAGGUCGGCCGGAUCGGGGAGGAGUACUUCGCCCGGCUGGUGAAGUCGAUGGAUGAGGAGAAGGCCCGGAUGGAGGCCAUGAUGGUCGAAUGCCGGAAGGAAGCCCAGGCUGCCCGGGCCAAGGCAGAGAAGAUAGAGGCCAAAUGGACAGAGCACUGUGCAGUUUACCGCCAGCUCUAUGCCAAGCACGAUGGUCUCCUCAAGGCUGCGAAAGAGGCCGAUGAGCAGGCCCAGGCCAAGAUCAAUCAGCUGGAGGCCGAAAAUGCCCGGUCAGCCAAGGAAAUCGCUCGGCUGGAAGAUGAGCUGCAGAAAGAGCAAUCGGAGCGUGCCGCCCUUGCUGCUGCCUGGGCCACUCAAACGCCUGAGGAGUUUGCUGCUAAGGCGUUGCCUGACCGGGAGACUGCCAUCCGCUUCUUCCAAGGCUUGUACAAGUACGAGGUCUCGGCCGGGAUCGUCGAUGAAAUCGGAACGUACGGCUUUGAAAGCGGCCAGUACUCGGAGCGGAAGGCCCUUUAUGGCAUCCUUCAGCAGAGGAUCCAAAGUUUUCAGCCAAAGGCUCUUUCUCUGCCCGAGCUGCACUCCGAGGCGCCUGAACCUCCCUUCCCGGGCAUCUGAUCCAUCCGGCCUUCCUUCCUCAUCUGAUUUUCUCUCUUUUUUUUAUAUAUGAUGUAAUGGUCUGCCUCCGGGCACUUUUGUAUUUCAUUGACAUAUUAAUGAAAAUAUGCUUUAUGUUAUCAUUUCUCUUCAUCUUGGAUUCUUUAACCGUUUAGAUUAAUAAAUAACAGCCCGGCUGUAUUUACCCGGCUUAGAAUACAAUUUUACCCAAGUC